ACUGCGGACACAGUGCAGGGGGAUGACCAGAGACUGCGGACACAGUGCAGGAGAUGACCAGAGACUGCGGAACAGUGCAGGAGAUGACCAGAGACUGCGGAAAGUACAGGGGAUGACCAGAGACUGCGGACACAGUGCAGGAGAUGACCAGAGACUGCGGACACAGUGCAGGAGAUGACCAGAGACUGCGGACACAGUGCAGGGAUGACCAGAGCCUGCGGACACAGUGCAGGAGAUGACCAGAGACUGCGGACACAGUACAGGGGAUGACCAAGAGACUGCGGACACAGUACAGGGGAUGACCAGAGACUGCAGACAACAGUACAGGAGAUGACCAGAGACUGCAGACAGUACAGGAGAUGACCAGAGACUGCAGACA